UUCUAAGCGCCAUCGCCAUCGCCAUCGCCAUCGCCAUCGCCAUCGCCGUCCCACUCUGCUUCUGCUUCACACAUCACUGCUCUACUGAGCCUGCGUUUCUCCUUCUCGUUGUCUCUUUCUGUCUCUUCAUCCUCCCUUUGAAGAGGGGCCUCACUGGGUCUUCGGUUUGGAGGUGGAGGUGGAGAGGGGGGGGCCAAAAGGGGUGGGUUCUUGAUGCGGCUCUAGGGUUUUCUUGAUCGGCGGUCGUUCCCUUGCGAUGGCUAUCCGGGGUGUCGAUUUCAAGUGGUACGACGGCUUCUUCUUGUCCAUGCUCGCGACCAGUGUUGUCAUUGUCGCAAUCAACUGGAAACGGUAUCAUCUUUGUACAUACCCGUUGCACAUAUGGAUUGUGGUUGAUUACACGACUGUAUUCGUUUUUCGCUUGUUGAUGUUUGUAGAUAAUGGACUCGCUGCUGGAAUGGGAUUGGACUUCGGUUGGCAGCAGAGAUAUGCUCGAUUUUGUGGGAGAGUAGUCGUACUUUCUGUUCUCUCACUGAUACUAUAUCCGUUUCUUUGGGCUUGGACUAUAAUUGGCACCCUAUGGUUCACAAGUGCAAAAAAUUGUUUACCAGAAGAGGGUCAGAAAUGGGGUUUCCUUAUUUGGCUACUUUUCAGCUAUUGCGGCCUCCUUUGCAUAGCUUGCAUGUCCGUGGGAAAGUGGUUGACACGAAGACAAGCACACCUUGUACGAGCUCAGCAAGGCAUACCUGUAUCAGAGUAUGGGGUUGUAGUUGAUAUGGUACGGGUGCCAGACUGGGCAUUUGAAGCAGCCGGUCAAGAGAUGAGGGGUAUGGGACCAGAUGCUGCUACUUACCACCCCGGUCUUUACUUAACUCCUACACAGAGGGAAGCAGUUGAAGCACUCAUCCAGGAACUCCCCAAGUUCAGGCUUAAAGCUGUUCCAACUGACUGCAGUGAAUGUCCCAUCUGCUUAGAAGAGUUCCAUGUGGGGAAUGAGGUUCGAGGCCUUCCUUGUGCUCACAAUUUUCAUGUGGAGUGCAUCGACGAGUGGUUGCGUCUUAACGUGAAAUGUCCUCGGUGCCGCUGCUCUGUGUUCCCAAACCUGGACCUCAGCGCCUUGUCUAACCUUCGUCCUGAAUCGGAACGAUCACCGGCCUCAAUCGUCACAACAAACCGUUACGUGCGGACCCAACAACCUUCUAGCCAAAGCUAUCUGUUGAGAUUGCACGGCUUUCUGCGUCCGGUUCGGUCUGAGAAUGCGGGGCCGCCCAACAGCAACGAUGUUAUCUUGGAGAUCAGUGAGAAUGGACACGUUGCUGCAGCUACUCAGGAACGAGCGAACGGCAUGGGACCGCUACCUCCUGAUAGGUCUGGGCUCAAUGGACAGUCUAUUUGAGGUGAAGAGUAUGUUGAUCAUUGUUUCUUGUCGCACAUAAGUUUUACCUUUAAUUUACGCUAACCCUGUCCCGUGUAAAGACAGAAAUGUUUGUCCAUGUGAUCGUCGUUUGUCCAUCGUGUGUCGCCCAUCAUAUGCGGUAAGUUUACUGAUGUAGGGUACGAAUUUUGUAACAACAUUAGUUGCCACUCAUUUUCAGAUCAAUGAUAUGCAAAUAUAUGACUUUACCAAA